UCUACAAGGACGUCAUGAUGGAGAAUCAGCCGCCCCUCACAUCACCGGAUGGAUCCAGUAAAAAGAACCCACCAGGGAGAUGUUCCCGUGCUCUGCACUCCCAGGAUUCCACGCAAGAAGAUCAGGAGAUAAUUCACAAUGCUGAGAACCUUGGGUUUUGUAAUAUUAUCGUUAAGGAAGAGUUUAAAAAUGAGGAUGAUGAGUAUGGUGUGAUGAAAGAGCAUUCUGAAGGACACACGGAUCCCUACAAAGACACAGAGCCACCCGGUAACAGAAACCUACUAGAUAGAAGUCCCGGAGCUCAGGAUUCCCCACAGGACGAUCACACCACCCUUGAGUACGAUCAGGAUGAAGAACUUCAACACAUCAAAGUUGAGAUUAAAGAGGAAGUGGAGGAGGUGGUGGUGGGUGAAGACCAGCCUGAGGAGGAGGAGGAGACAAAUAUGCGUAAACAAGAUGGAUCUUCCAUAUAUAUCGACACAACUGGACGUUAUUCCUGGAAUACCUCUGAGGGACAUCUUACAUUAUCUCCAGCAGUAAAUCGCGCUACUCCAGCUCAAAGUGGGGGUAGAUCUUCAAACCCCCAAGGAGCCCACACGGGAGAGAGUUCAUUCUCAUGUUCCGUGUGUGGGAAAUCUUUCGGUGACAAAAAGGCAGUUCUUAGACAUGAGAAAAAUCACACAGACGAGCGUCCCUUCCCAUGUUCAGAGUGUGGGAAAUGUUUCAGUAAAAAAAAAGUCCUGCUUAUACACCUGAGAAUUCACACAGGUGAACGACCUUUCUCGUGUUCAGAGUGUGGGAAAAGUUUUAUUGAGAAAGGAAAACUACUCAUACACCAGAGAACUCACACGGGUGAGCGUCCCUAUUCGUGCUUAGAGUGCGGGAAAUCUUUCGGUGAGAAAAGAACACUUCUUACACACCAGAGAAGUCACACGGGCGAGCGUCCCUAUUCAUGCCUAGAGUGCGGAAAAAGUUUCAUUCAGACAGCAGACCUGCGUAAACAUGAGAGAAUUCACACGGGUGAGCGUCCCUAUCCCUGUUCAGAGUGCGGGAAAACUUUCAUGCAUAAAGGAGACCUUGUUAAACACCAUAGAAUUCACACCGGUGAGCGUCCCUUUGCAUGUACGGUGUGCGGGAAAUGUUUCAAUCUAAAAAAUUCACUUCUUAAACACCAGAGAACUCAUACGGGUGAACGUCCUUAUACUUGUACAGAGUGCGGAAAACGUUUCACCGAGAUAAGUGUACUUCGUACACACCAAAGGAUUCACGCAGGUGAGCGUUCCUAUGCAUGCCCAGAGUGCGGGAAAUGUUUCAUUCACAAAAGAUACCUUCUUAUACAUCAGAGAAUGCACACAGGCGAGCGCCCUUUUUCGUGUACGGAGUGCCCGAAACGUUUCUUUCAGAAAGGAGACCUUCUUAAACACCAGAGAACUCACACAGGUGAGCGUCCUUAUUCCUGUUCACAGUGCGGGAAAUCUUAUACAGAAAAAGCAAAACUUAGUUUACACCUAAGAAGUCACACGGGCGAGCGCCCUUUUUCAUGCUCUGAGUGCGGGAAAAGUUUUACUGGGAAAAGCGUACUUCUAUCCCAUAUGAGAACUCACACGGGCGAGCGGCCCUUCUCAUGUGCAGAGUGUGGGAAAUGUUUUACCUACAGGAAAGCACUUGUUCAACACGAGAAAGUUCACGCAAAAUAGAGUCCUUUUUUUCCAAGUUCAGGCCGUGAGAGACAUUUUCCCGAUAAAGGAAACCUUCUAAGAUGCCAGACAACUCACGCUUGUAAGAGCUCUUUUUUUCAUGUUCGAGUGCGGAAAAUGUUUUAUGCCUAUAGGAUUUCUGAUUAGACAUCGGCUUAAAUGUACCUGCUGUUGACAAGUAUACAAUGUCAUUAAACAGGUGGAUUUUUA